AUGUCUUGGGCCCAUCCGACAGAAACAAUAGAUGAGCAUUUCCCCAGUGUGGCAUUAGAAAACCGUAGAAGGUCCGCAGAGUGCACGACCUGCCCGGACACAGGCGAUUGUCCAAGGAACAGUAACGCUUCCGAUAAGAGCGUUGAUUAUAGCCGAUCUCAGUGUUCCUGCAGAAGUUUAAGUUCUCACUACGAUUAUUCAGAAGACUUUCUCUCUGAAUGUUCAGAAACAACUGUCAAUAGAAAUUAUUUAGAGAAGCCUGCGGUAAAAGAAAAAGAGGAGAAGAAAAAGUAUAAUGUUUCUAAAAUCUCCCAACCUAAAGGCAAGAAGGAAAUCCCAGCUGAAAAAAAGCACAGCUGGAACGCACCGUGUUUAAAUUCUCAAAUCAAUAUGCUGACCCAGAGAAGAGAUGCUGUGACUCAUCGCGUACUCUCAGCGAGGCUUCAUAAGAUUAAAGAACUAAGAAAUGAGUUAGCUGAUAUACAUCGGGAACUGGAAGCCACCGUCACAGAAAACCAAUUUUUGAAACAACUUCAGCUUAGGCACUUGAAAGCUAUAGGGAAAUAUGAGAAUUCACAAAAUAAUCUGCCUCAAAUUAUGGUUAAACAUCAGAAUGAAGUAAAAACCUUAAGGCAGCUGCUUAGGAAAUCCCAGGAACAGGAAAGAAGCGUAUCUAGGAAACUCAGAGACACCGACGGCCAGCUCCUGAAGACUAAAGAUGCCUUGCAGGCCCUGCAGAAACUUUCUGAGGACAAAAAUCUUGCAGAGAGGGAAGAACUUACUCAAAGAUUGUCUAUUCUUACCACAAAAAUGGAGGCAAAUGACAAAAAAAUACAGAGCUUGGAACAACAGCUAAGGUUGAACAAUAAAGCCUUUAAUCGGCAGUUGGCCAUUGAGAACCGCAAGACUUUAGCCGCUCAAACAGCAACAAAGACUCUGCAGAUGGAAGUAAAACGCCUUCAACAAAAACUUAAGGAGAAAGAUCGAGAGCUUGAAAUUAAAAACAUCUACACUAAUCGGAUACUUAAAAAUUUACAUGACAAAGAAGAUUAUCCAAAAGUUUUUUCAACAAAAUCAGUACAAGCAGACAGGAAAAGUUUUUCAUUUUCAAGUAUGAGACACCAGGAAACCCAAAAAUCGGAAGAUGGUCCAUCUUUGACAACUAAGGGUAAAAAGACAACAGGAAACAUUGGUCACAAAGAGAAAUCAAGUGCAGUCAUCCAGGCAGUUCCUCACACUCCCAGCAAACUGCCAAACCAGGGGGAUUCCAAGAGAAAAUAUCAAGAUUUACCAAAGGAAGAGGAACACUUGGAGGUACAACCACCUCUGGAGAAUACUGGAAGACAAAGAGAGAAAAAAGAAGAUCAAGAAAAGAAAACCACUUUAAUGAAAAAAGAAGAACUACCACCAAAAAGAAUUCAAGCAAUUCAGGAAAGGGAAGACAAUCAGGAAGAAGAUACAGUAAAAGAAAAGUUUAAGAGAAGUCUACAAAUCAAUGACAUGGAUGAGAUAGCUGAUAAAAAUGCUGCUCCAAAUAUCAAAACACCCUUCAGACAAAGAAAGCAUUAUUCAUUCACAGAAGCGAUCGAAAACCUGCAUCACGGGCUCCCUGCUUCUGGUGGGCCAGCCAGCACUGGCAUCAUGAGAUGCAAUCACGGUACAAGCAAACAUCGCAGUAAUGCAGAAGAACUGAGGCUAGAACACUCUGCCGCUGGGUAUGAACCCUCUUUUGGUAAGUCUUCCAGAACAAAAGCAAAAGAUAUGACUUUCAGAGACAAGAAAAGCAGUCUAAUGGAAGAACUCUUUGGAUCAGGCUGUGUCUUAAAAGAUGACCAGACAAGUACUGAUGUUGCUAAAGGGUCCGAGGAGACUCUGAAAAGUAAGAAGAUGCCCCAUCUACCUCCCAGUCAGGCCUCCGCCAGCAACGCUUUUGGAGAUUCUAAAGUAACUGUGGUAAAUUCUAUUAAAUCCUCUUCACCUACAGAAGGAAAAAGAAAAAUAAUUAUUUAA